AAGAUUCAGUAAGCCCUGCAAACGAAGUUCUAAGGACGGACUGCGUUAAGCCUAGCUUCCUCUUACCUUUUCCGAGGCUAGUCUAUCUAAUGGAUGGAAUCGACUAAGAUUUGAUCCAGUGCUGUUUCUGACUUCAAACUAUUGGCUGGGAAAACUAUAAAUAAUGGCAUGUUGUGGAUAGAGUUCGCGGGAAGGAAGAUUCCUUUCGCUUAUUAGACAGAGGACGGCAAACCAAGAAAAAUUCCUAGAUGAUUUCGAUUGACAUUUCGGGCUUCAGAUUCGUGAAGCUAAGCACGGAAAAUCCGGAUCCUUGAUAAUCGGAGGCUCUUGUCGGAAAUCGCCGGUUGGGUUGGUCCAACCAAGAAAGGCAUGGGAAAUUUAUCGAUCUUGUACCGCACCGUGGGUACACUGAACACCAACUUAAUCUCGAUUCAAGUAGAAGGAAGGCAAUUGACUCUAUCAAGAAGGUAUGGAACUUCUCGACGCACUCUUCGAACCCGCAAGAUCUUUCAUCUACCCUACGCUAACAGCUCUCUUCUCUUAUGAUAUUGCAUCUGCCUUCGAUUAUUCAAUUUCGAGUUAGCGCGUAGUGGGAAUUUGAUAUUUUACGAUCCUUGCUUCCCUGGCUUGGCCACAUUCUAUUAAGAUUAGGGGUUUCUCAAGUGAGUUUGAUUUUCUGCUUUCUUACUUACCGGGUGACUUUUCCUUUUCUUUUUCACAUUCAACCAUCAAGAAAUCAUCAACCAAAAAAGCGGCACUCCUCCCUUAUAGCCUUUCUAAAACAGCUGAAAUAGCAGUUGAUCUUGCUAAGAAGGCUUUCUUUUCUUUUUCCGCAUCAACAGAAAAAGGAAUGGAAUGGCAUCUUUCUGAGCAAAAGGCCAAGACCGGUUCGUGACCCAACCCAUAGCCAACGAGGAUCAGAAGGAAAUCCUUAAGUCCCUAGCUUGGGUGCGGGAAAGCUAAGAUCAUUGAGAAAAGUCGGUCAAAUUGGCUGACUUUUAGGCCACUUCCAGCAAAGGAAAGCUUUCAAGCAGCGACACCAGACCGGCUAUGCGAAAUGGUUCCUACUAACUUGCUCGCAUCUUGCGAAGAUAGUGAGCACUACCUUAGUCGCUUAACGGGAAGCUAACCCUACAAGAGAUAGAUAUUAAACAAACCAUAUCCGAAAAGCAGAUCCGAUCCAUGCCACCACCACCAUGCCAACAUAAAGACCAUAUCAUCCAUAAACCUUCAUGUGAAAGAAGGCAGGUCCAGUCUCAUCCCAUUCCCAAGCGAACUACGCCAUUCAUCUCUCAAGUUCUCAGAUCCGGUUUGCUGCUCGCUCAACAAAUCAAUCUCCUCAACUUCUGCCUACGAGGGAGACGAGCAUCCCUCGCUUGUCACGAGCUGGGCUUGAACCAGCGCUUUCCAGAUGGGAUUUCAACCUUGCUGAUCGUGACUUUGGUAACCCGGUUCGACACGGGGUGCCUACGUCCGGGGCCCUUUGAGAGGACUCAAGUGGCAGUUGGGCUUUCCUCCCAGUUCCGCUUCUGCUCUAAGCAGAAAGACUUGUCCGAAAUCGCCGGUUGGGUUGGUAAAACCAAGAAAGACAUGGGACUUUUUGGGCAUUACAGCUCCGAAGAGCAUUCUUUUCGAUCUUGUACCCAGUACAUUGAACACCAAGCCCAUCUCGACAAAAAAACAAGUACAAGCAACCACAUUUCCUUCGGACCCUGACGUGAACAGACGCUUUCUCAUUAGCCUGUUAGAACCGGAAAAAGCUUUUUUUUUUCUUUUUUAUAAAGAGCGAAUCAAAACCCUUUCUUUUC